AUGCCUAAGUAUGCUAAAUUUAUAAAGGAGCUUCUUACAAACAGAAAGAAGAUGGAAGAAGUGAAGAAGGUGGUUCUAAAUGAAAAUUGUUCAGUCGCCAUGUUGAACAAACUACCUAAGAAGAAGGGUUACCUGGGUAGUUUGACCUUGCCUUCCCAAUUUGGAAAUUUAUCAACUAUUCAUGCAUUGUCUGAUUUAGGGGCAAGUGUUAACCUUAAGCCAUACUCAUUCUUUAAGAAAUUAGACCUUCCGGAGCCAAGGCCAAUUCGAAUGGAAAUACACUUAGCAAAUAAAACAAUGACAUUUCCAAGGGGAAUAUGUGAACAUCUAUUAGUGAGAGUUGAUAUAUUUGUGUUCCCUGCGGAAUUCAUAAUACUUGACAUGGAAGCGGAUCCUCAAGUUCCAAUCAUUCUUGGAAAGCCAUUCCUAAACACCACAAGUGCUAUACUGAACAUGCAAGAUUCCAAACUUAACCUUCGGGUGGGAGACGAAUCAGUUACAUUUGGAUUUGAUCAAGCCAUGAAUCAUGCAAGAUAUAGUGAUGACACGAUUUUGAUUUUGAGAGAGACCUGA